UCGAUUAUCACAAGUAUCUCGUUUCGAGUGACAUAACGAGAUGCUCGCAGAUUUCGUGGUGGUGAACGGGCUGUGGACGACGUACUUAUUCGCUCCUCUAUCCUUCUUCUUUCCGAGCUCAGUGAGAUUAAGUGCGAUAGGGAGGUGAAAUUUUCUUUGGAAAGAUCUUAACAAUAUGUCGUAGUGUUAGGUAAGUGAGAAUCUUGGCUGGUAGUUAAAGAAGAUUCGAUAGUUAGCACGAUCUCAAAAGUCACGGAUGUUACUCGACGUUAUACGAUCGUUUGAAUCGGAGUAAAAGACAUUGAACGGUCUAUCCUCGCUCGAGGGCGCCACGUCUUUGGCGUGUGUUAGCUCGGUUAGAGAGAAAGGGCCCCAGCAAAGUACAAAGUUCCUUCGUAGAUAGCAAAAGAAGUUCUCCGUUGAAAUCUUUGGUUUAGCUGUCAUUUCGUACUCGCGGCGAGAGUUUGAUAAAGCGCCCGAGUUUUUCCUUUUCAUAUUUUCUCGAUCAACCAAAUUCGUAGAAAUAUCGUAGAGUUCGAUCGGUAUCGAUUGUUGUAUAUCUCGCGAUAUAACGGAGAAAGUAAACUUUGGGAAGAAUCUCAGUCAUUCGAUCGGUGGACUUUUAACGAUUAUACCGAGAGAAGAAAAGAGAAGAGAAGAGAAGAGAAGAGAAAAGAAGAGAAGAGAAGAGAAGAGAAGAGAAGAGAAGAGAAGAGCUAUGGCGGCUAUGGUGACGCUUUCUCAACGGUGUUUUUCCAACAAAGGAUGUUUACUCGCUCGUCGCAAAGGGCUUCGAUGAAGAGAGACGGAGCACGAGAACUAGACGUAGAAAGGCGACACUGGUUCGAGAUAUAUAUAUAUAUAUAUAUAUAUAUAUAUAUAUAUAGGAAUAGAGAGAGGGAGAGACGAAUAGAGACGAACUGCCGUAGCGGAGAACGUGUAAGAGAAGGAGAUAGAGAUAGAGACAGACAGAGCAAGUAGCAGAGCGUUAGAGGUAGGGAUAGGGAGAAAUCCGAAGAAAAAGAGUAAGGAAAGAAGAAGGGAAGCAGGCGGCGAUCGGCAGGGGUUGGAAAAGGGCGGUCGGGUAGUUGAAAAUAUGAGAUCCGUUCUGGUAGGGACCACCUAGCCAGCCUCCGCUUCGUUCCGUGGCCUCCCACUCCGGUGGCCAGCUUAUCCCUACUCCUGGCACGUCCUCUUCGUCGUCGGGCGUUUUGCCAUGGUAGUGGGGACGAAUCUGGAAAGGUGAUUGGCUGUUCGAGGGGUCGUCCUACCCCUGCCACCGAGGCAUCCUCCCGCCCAUAUCCCCACCACGGUAUCUGCACCUCCUCCAGGCAUUGCAUCGGUCGUCCGGUAGCUCUUAGUUUCAGGUUAGGAGCCUGCUAGGACGGGUCUCGUUCUCUCUUCUUGAGGCACCCGGACGAGAGUGGCGGCGGUGGUGGCGGCGGCGGCGGACGGGCGUUCGCAGACCGGUCGCGACUACGAGUGAAUGCACGAAACGUGGAGAGAAAGAGAGAGAGAGAGAGAGAGAGAGACAGAGAGGAAGGGAAGGGGAAAGAAGAGGACUCAUCCAAGGAUUUACCUUUUGUCUCGAGAGACCUGGAACGAUCGUCGAGGAGCAGGGGCACCGUUCGGUGAACAUCGACGCAAGACGAUCCCGUUGAUUCCGAUCGACCUAGUACCGAGAGAUCCUCUCUCCGUUGAAUCGUCCGAUGGAAGAACGGAUUACGUGACAUAUCGGUGUGUUGGUGUUUGAAAAUAAUUGAUCCGAUUUUAGUGACGAGAUUUGUUAGUCUCGAGUGUGUUCGAAUGUCCUGCUUUCUCUACGUGUCCGAUAUCAUCGAGAUUCAUCGUUAUCAUAAUCACCAUCGUCAUCAUUAUCAUCAUCGUCAUCGUUACCGUCAUCAUCGUUAUCGUCAACAACAACAACAACAACAACGACGACGACGACGACAAAAGGAAAAACAACAACAACAACAACAACAGCUACGACAAUAUCGUCAUCGUCGUUAUCGACUGUCUCACGUCCAAUGAACGCUCUUCCCCGUGUCCCGUGGUGUCCCAUCGUACGACGAAAUCGUGUUCACGGGAAAUAGUUCGACGCGAGUGAGGUUCACGUUGGUGGUCCAUUCGUGUGAUGCGGCUACGGGACGAGAUUCGUUCUUACCGCUACGUGGACGAAGACGACGAGGACGGUGUCGAGUCCAGUUGGAGAAACGUCGGUAUCAACAACGACUACAUGAUAUCUCGGGCACUUUGUUGCAUUCUACGGAAUCCCUAACGGCUUCUUCUCGACGAUAGACGAACGACGAUACAUCAUCAAGAUAUAUAUAUAUAUAUAUACACAUAUAUUCGAAGUAUUUGAAAAAUUUUGGCGCGACCACGGUGGUUGGUUGGUAACGAUGUGGAGAGCGAGCGUAUACGCGGAAACGCAGCUUUGACGCGGGAGACAAUAGCGAAACAGAGAAAGUAAAUUCACCGAUGACUUGCCACCCACCGUGGACGGAAUAUAUCGAAAGGAUCGGGCCGACAGUGAAAGGAACAUCCUCGUGGCAGAUUGACUAGCGAAGCGAUCGAUCGGUCGAUAAAUCGUGAUAAAUCUCGUGGACCGCGUGUGAAUGCUUUGUUGAGCGAAUAUUUUGUCAAGAGGGAAAAAAAAGGAAGAGUAUAAAGUAUAGAGAUUUGUGUUAGAUGGAAGACUAGUGCGUCUCUUGCGUGGUGUUCGCGAAUGAAUAUCCUCGAAUGGUAUCGUAUGAUAUUAGUGAAUCGUCGAUGAGUCCAGGGACGAUCGUCGUCGGUGUGUCCCGAUCGUGCGAUAGUGUUUGAAAAGACGAUCGUCGGUCGAGGAAUCGUCGAGUUAGUAUAUAAACUAAGGAAAACGUUACCGACGGAAAAGUUCAUUCAUACGACGUGCUCGAGAAGCAGCGACGCGGGAACUUUUGCUGGAAAAGGAGGAGGAGGAGGAGGAGGAGGAGGAGAAGGAGGUGGAGGAGGAGGAGGAGGAAGAAGAAGAAGAGACGGAGGUGGCGGCGCGGAAGGCUGCAGUGGUGGCGGCGGUGGGACGAGGGGAAGAGGAGUUUUGGGCCCGGCGGAGAAGUUUGAAGCCGUCAAAGUGGCUUCUUCACUGGGGCUCCAGGGGCCUUCUGCGCCGAUCGGGGCCCAAUUGCUGGCUACUGGCGGUUCAGAGGAUGCGCCGGCCGCGACCGUUUACCACGCCAAUCUGGUAGCCGGUAGCAACACCUCCGUCGUGACAGCGGCGCUCCAGCAGCCCGUAUUAGCGAGCCUUAACUCGGUGGCAUUGGCCAGUAUGCAGGCCUCCGCGGAGGCCAACUCGCUGGAUAUACAGGCCAUGCAGUCCAUGGACUGGCUCUUCAAGAAAGAGCGAAUAUAUCUACUCGCCCAGUUCUGGCAACAGAGGGCGACGUUAGCGGAGAAGGAAGUGUCCGCGUUGAAGGAACAACUAGCCACCGCGAACGAUGGUAACUCUAAGACUGAGGGACACCAAUUGUCCCAGACUUCGCAGGGAAGCGAUCAGCAGCAGCAACACGACGCUAGUAAUCCCAGGAGAACUCCGAAUAGCAAUCUCGAGCAAGAAUUGCAGGCCAAGGACAAAGAGAUCAGUCAACUGUUGGAGGAGGUAUCCAGGUUACAACAGAAUUUACAACGUCUUCAAGAAACGAGCGCGCAAGCGACGGCGCGUCUCGAGGAAGAACUCGAAGCACGAAGACAGCACAUCAGUAGAUUGGAGAGUAAAUUGGAACGGCAGAGAGAUUACGAUGACCUGAAGCGCGAGAUCAGCGUGUUAAGGUCGGUCGAUCUCUCUCAGAUUCCAACCGGCGAACCUGGCAAGAGUCUCGAACACCUUUUAAUGGAACGUUCCAAAGCUCUCCAACAAGCUGAAAGUUUAAAACCACCGAACACACCGGACACACUCGGUGGACUAUCGUCACCCCUGCAGCGCGCCUCGACCGCCUCGCCCCAUGGGGUCGGAGGUGGGCCACCUUCGUCCCUCGUUUCCUCCCAACAAGCCCCACCGCCACCUCCGACCUCGGUAUCCCUUCCGCCACGCUCCACGCCGACACCUUCCUCCGCAACAUCGACGACUUCCAGCCUCCUCUUUCCUCCGCCUCUCCAAAACGUCGAAACCUUCGGCUCCUUCCUCGGCGAGGAGAUCGUCGCCAACUGGAGGCGGACGUUGGAGAGGUCGAUUAUAAAUCAACAACAACAACAACAGCAGCAGCAGCAGCAGCAGCAACAACAGCAGCAGCAGCAGCAGCAGCAACAACAACAGCAGCAGCAGCAACAACAACAACAGCAACAAGUCCAACAGGUGCAACAUCAACAGGUACAGCAACAACAACAGUCACAACAACAACAACAACAACAGCAGCAGCCACAACAACAGCAGCAGCCACAACAACAACAGCAAAGCACUCAAAUCUCUCAAUUAACGCAACAACAGCUGCAGCAAGUCCAACCGUUGAUAGGGCUCCAUCCACCGACGACGCCGAGCAGCCUAAAUCAUCUUCCAUCGCCAACGGAAGCGUCGUCUAGUUCGAACAACGCACCGAGCAAGUCGAGCACUCCUUUGGGUACUACGUCUAUGGGAACGACGACGUUAGCCACGACGAACCUAGGGACGACGCCACUGGGUACAACGUCGUUGGGCACGUCGACGUUGGGCACGGCGUUAGGUACGACGUUGGGCACGACGUUGGGUACGACGUUGGGUACGACGUUGGGCACGACGCCGCUCAUCGGUUGUCUCGAUUCAAGCGAGAAGGCGUCGACGCCAGUUCCCGGUCACGAAACGCCGGCGCCGCAGACGCCAUCGUCGACGAGCGCACUAACAUCGCCGCCGAGCUUUCAACCGCCCACGUCGAUGGUCGAGACGAGCACCUCCUCCGCCUCCGUCAACGGCGGAGGCGUUACGCCCAGCGCUGUCUCAACGGCGCCGCCGCCGAAGAGUCCGGCCGAUCAGGAAUCCUGUCACAAUAACAAUAACAACAGUCAUCACCUAGCAAAUAACAAUAUAGGCGGAUUAAGCGUCCUCGAUACCUUAAAGAGUCCCUUCCGUUUCGACGACAGAACGCAUCCGUUCAGAUUCGGUGAUGAAUUUGGUGCCGCUGGUAUGGCCGGUAGACUCGGUGAAUCACUGAUCCCAAAGGGUGAUCCGAUGGAAGCGAGACUACAAGAAAUGUUGCGUUACAAUAUGGACAAGUAUGCCUCGCAAAACCUGGACACCCUACACAUAGCCAGAAGAGUCAGAGAAUUAUUGUCGAUACACAAUAUCGGUCAGAGAUUAUUCGCCAAGUAUGUACUUGGAUUGAGUCAGGGUACCGUCAGCGAAUUACUGAGCAAACCGAAACCUUGGGAUAAACUCACCGAGAAGGGACGCGAUAGUUAUCGGAAGAUGCACGGUUGGGCUUGCGACGACAACGCCGUAAUGCUGCUCAAGUCCCUAAUACCCAAGAAAGGCAAGGAGCAGGGAAUGCCACCUUUCGCGCGUGGACCACAGGAAAGUGGUCCGCCGGAAAUGAGCGACGAGAGGUUGGCCCAUAUCCUCUCGGAAUCUGGUCAUCUACAAAUGAGAGGCGAGCAUGAGGUCUCGAACGAUGCGGACAGUAAGAGUCCUAGCAGAAUCGGCUGUCCGAGUCCGUUUAGUAAGGACAGACUCGACAGCCAAAAUAGGAGACUGAAGAAGUACGAAAACGAUGACAUUCCCCCGGAAAAGGUAGUCAGGAUUUAUCAGGAAGAGUUAACCAAGCUCAUGGGGAGGAGAGUGGAGGAUCUACGCGGACCACGAGAAUUCCCUCCUAGCGCGGUGUUCCCGCAUUUUUUCAGCGGUACCCAAGGUCUCCAAGGUAUAGAAAGAACUCAAGAGGAUAUCAGACUGGCGUUGGACGCUUAUCAUCGGGAGCUUCAAAAGUUGAACGCAGGACCUGGACAAAAUUCGGCGUUGACGGGUUUGCCAGGAUUACCUGGGCUUCCUGGUUUAUUGGCUCUCCAACAGCAGGCUCUUCAGCAACAUCACUUGGCGACGAACGGUGGUGGUGUACAGGAUUUGAGCCUAGGAAAAAUGGACAUAAGGAAUAAGAUGAUAAACGGGGUAACGGAGGAAGAAAAAGAGAAGAUGGAAGAGGCUAUGAGACACGCAGGUAGCGCGUUCUCAUUGGUCAGGCCUAAACAAGAGACUACGGGAGCCCAAUCGACGCCCGGUGGUUCCAGCGCGAGUUCACCACUCGGUAAUUCCAUACUACCUCCAGCGAUGACGCCCAGUGAAGAUUUUUCUGGCGCUGCUGCGGCCAGUCCACUCCAAAGGAUGGCCUCCAUCACGAACAGCCUAAUCAGCCAACCGUCCACACCGACCCAUCAUGCUUCUAAUCAAAGACCACUAAAGGCCGUUCUUCCUCCCAUUACUCAACAACAGUUCGACAUGUACAAUAAUCUCAAUACCGAGGACAUCGUGAAGAGGGUAAAAGAACAGUUGUCGCAGUAUUCGAUCUCCCAACGUCUAUUUGGCGAAUCGGUUCUUGGUCUAUCUCAAGGUUCUGUCUCGGAUCUUUUGGCACGUCCAAAACCCUGGCACAUGCUGACGCAGAAAGGCCGCGAACCCUUCAUCAGAAUGAAAAUGUUCCUCGAGGACGAUAACGCGGUUCACAAACUGGUAGCAAGUCAAUAUAAGAUCGCACCGGAGAAGCUGAUGAGGACCGGCGGCUACGGCGGCCUGCCUCGUAAGUUUAACUCAGCAUGCGGAACGCCUAUGAAACCGAUGCCGCCGACGAAAUUGGUCCAGGAACAACUGCAAAAUGCUGCGAAGGCACAGGCUGCCGCACAGGCAGCGGCCCAAGCAGCGGCGCAACAUCAGCAAGAGAAUCAAAUGCAAUUGGGUCCGCCACAGCAGAGUCCGCAGCAUCCUCAACAUCCUCAGCCACCUUUGCCGAUGAUGCUGACACCACCGGGUCCGCACCAUCCGCACGCUCAGCUCAGCAUGCAAGAACUUCAGAAGAAGCAACAGCAGCAGCAACAACAGCAAAUGACUCUCCAUUCUCCGCACCAUCAGAUGACACCGUCGCCAUUGCGAGGUCCUCAUUUACACAUCUCCUCGAGCGUUUACGAGAUGGCAGCGUUGACGCAAGACCUAGACACGCAGACGAUCACGACCAAGAUCAAGGAGGCCUUAUUGGCGAACAACAUUGGCCAAAAGAUAUUCGGCGAGGUCGUUCUCGGGCUGUCGCAGGGCUCGGUUAGCGAAUUAUUAAGCAAACCAAAGCCGUGGCACAUGUUGAGUAUAAAAGGUCGGGAACCGUUCAUAAGAAUGCAAAUGUGGUUGUCGGAUGCUCACAACGUUGACAGAUUGCAAGCUUUGAAGAACGAGCGAAGAGAGGCUAACAAGAGACGGCGUAGCAGUGGUCCCGGACACGACAACAGUUCGGACACUUCGAGCAACGAUACCGCGGAGUUUUACCACGCGGCUUCGCCUGGUCCAGGACCAGCUUCCGCGAAGAAGCAACGUGUACUUUUCUCCGAGGAACAAAAGGAAGCACUUAGGCUUGCGUUCGCGCUCGAUCCAUAUCCCAACGUUAGUACCAUCGAAUUUCUCGCGGGAGAACUCGCCUUGUCGUCUAGAACGAUAACGAAUUGGUUUCACAAUCAUCGAAUGAGAUUGAAACAGCAAACGCCACACGGUCAACCAGAACCUCAAUCGCCCAGGGAACCUGGUCAACCCUUCGAUCGAGUGCAGUUCAGAUUAUUGCUGAAUCAACGGCUGGUAGAGAUUCAGAAGGAAAGGUUGGGCUUGGGCAACGUACCGUUACCUUAUUCCCCGUACUUCAAUCCGAACUUGGCAGCCUUGGUUGGAAACGCACUGAAGGAACAGUGUUCCGGCUUGGAUCUGUCCAUGAGCGCCCUUAAGAGAGAGCCCAAUCAAGAAUUCGAAGACGAGGACGUCGAGGAUGCGAUGAGUAAUCUCGGUAGCGAAGAUUCCGAAGGUUCUGCUGGUAGCAUAAAGAGAGAACCAGCGGAGACGCCGACGGCACCGACCACCGUCAGGUCUAACAGAAGGAAACCAGCAGCACCUCAAUGGGUUAAUCCAGAAUGGCAAGAACCAACGAGAACGGGCGACGAGGUUAUCAUAAAUGGCGUUUGCGUUAUGCAAACGGACGACUACGGUGUUAAAAGGGAAGCGGAGGAGACCAUUAGGGUCGAACCUACGCCUGUACAAGAUAGAUACGAGGAGGACGUUCAAAGUGAUGUUUCCUCGGUCUCCGGUAACAAUGGACCGGACAGAGACAGUCCAAUGCCUAGUCCAAAGUCCGGACAAAAUAGUCCUGUUACGUCACCUAGGUCGCCAUCGGUACAACAAACGGUACAACAGUCGACGGAGACGAGUCCCAAAGAAAUCGUUAAACACGAACCCGAAGAAACUUGGGACUAUUAAAGGUAGAAACCUUGAUCGACUCGAUUCGAGGUAAACCUAGAAACGAUCUCCUCUACGUAUCUACGUCGUCGACGAGAAUCGAACGUUUUUCAGAUAUGACGACGACGACGACGACGACGACCACGACGACGACGAUGACGACCACGAUAAUGGCGACGAUGUCGAUAACGUUCCACAUGAUGUUAAAACAACGCAUCUGUGGACUGGUAUACGAAGGAUUCGUGUUUCAUUUUAUGAAAAGUUAGACAGAUUUUAAAUGCAAGAAAAGGAAAAGAAACGAAAGGAGAGAAAGAGGGAGAGAAAGAGAGAGGGAGAAAGAAAGAAAGAAGAGAGAAACAGAGAAGAAAAUAAAAAGUAAAAAUGCAAAAUGGAUUAUAAAUCGUCAGAACGUUUUCGUAAUUAAGAGAUAGGGAUAAUUUAUCGGAACGAUACGUCGAACUUCUAAACGCGAAAUGGAUGAUAUGAGUUCUUGUUUUAAGAAAUGAAAAGGGAAUAUUGAGUGUGCUGGAUAAAGGGAGCUUAAUCAAAAGAACUCGAUCGAACUCAUUAGGUUCGCGCCGCUAGUUGGACUCUUCGGUCAGAAAUAACCGAAGUGAAAAUAAUAAUAUAUAUAUAUAUAUAUAAAUUAUAUAUAUAUAUAUAUGUGUGUGUGUGUGUUUGUAUAUAUACAUAUAUAUAUAUAUAUAUAUAUAUAUAUAUAUAUAUAUAUAUAUUUAUAGUGAUGUGCGUUAUCGGAAGACUGUGAAAACGCGACAGCUCGAUUUAAAUUCAAUCGGCGGUCUUUGCGAUUCUCUCGAAAUUUCGUAAGAACCCCGGCCACUUUCGCUUUCGCCGAUUAUCGAUCCUGUGUUGCUUUAUUUGACAGCCUACCGAGAGAAUCUUCGAAUCGAAUUAGAAUUCAUCGAAGGAUGGACGGAGCACGAAGGAUCGCAAGUUAAGAAAAAAAAUAAAGAAAAGCAAAGAAAAGAGAGAGAGAGAGAGAGAGAGAGAAAGGAGAACAAAAUAUUCGAGAACGGACGAGGCCGGGAUUCGCCUCAGUGCAAUCUCCCAGUAAAACGGUUGUUAGAUCGGAUUAUUAUUAAUUUUUAAAACUAAAUUAUGCAAAGCGACGACAGAAAGAGAGAGAGAGAGAGAGAGAAUGAAAAAGAGAGAAAGAAUGUGAGAGAGAGAGCGAGAGAGAGAGAGAGAGAGAGAAAGAGAGAGAGAGAAAGAUGAUGAGAAUGUUGACGACAACGACGAUGAUGAUGAUGAUGAUGAUGAUGAUGAUGAUGAGAGCGAUCAACGAUUAUUGCAUAAUUGUGAUUCAUGUUAUUGUUUAUACUCCUCUCCCUCUACCCCGAUCUAGAAAUUAAGAAACUGUUAAUGUUAUUACGUCUUUGUCUCUCCUAAUUACGCGUACCUUUUUACUUCUUUAUUUCUUCAAGAGUUACUACGUUGUUUCUCUUCUUCUUUCUUCUUUCUACUUUCUUACUUCUUCUUCUUCUUCUUCUUCUUCUUCUUCUUCUUCUUCUUCUUCUUCUUCUUCUUCUUCUUCUUCUUCUUAUUCUUUUCAUUCGCCAUUUUAUCCUUCUUAGUUUCUCCAAGUCCCACUCUAUUUCUUAAUACUUCGCUUUCUCGUCUAUUUAUAAAAUUACGUGACAAGAGAACACUUAAGACCAAUGUUAUUAUUAAUUAUUAUUACUACUAUUAUUAUUACUAUUAUAUCACUGCUAUAUUAUUAUUAUUAUUAUUAUUAUUAUUAUUAUUAUUAUUAUUAUUAUGAGUUAUCACGUUAUCUAGAUAAUGAAUUAUUUUCGAUUAUUAUAAGUACGAUCAUAGAAAUCGCUAUCGUCGUAUUUGUCCGUGAACAUCGUGAGAAGAUUUUAGGAUACCAAAAAAAAAAUAAAAAAAGAAAAGAAAAAAGUACGAGGAUCGUGUAAGCUUAUUCCUAUAUCAGGAAAUAAUUAUAUUGCAUUAGCUUUCUUUCUUUCUUUUUUUCUUUUUUUCUUUUUUCUUUUUCUCUUAUUUCUAUGAAAUCGUUGGCUGCGCAAGACGAUCGGAAGGCGAAUAUUUUCAUUCGUCAUUAUUGUAUUACUAGGCUUACGUUAUUGCUAUUUUAUUGCUACUAUUUUAUAUAACAAUUAUUAUUAUUAUUAUUAUUAUUAUUAUUAUUAUAUUUUUAUUAUUAUUAUUAUUAUUCUAUUACUAUUUUAUUUGAUCGAGUUAUUAUUGCGAUAACAAUAUGGCUUGUGAAGCCAAUGUGAUAGAGCUUAUAUGCGUUUCGAGAAGAAAAAAAAUAGAAAGCGUGCGAGUGAGACGAACGAGUUGCAUAUUGUAAAUCUCGUCGAGCGUACGGAAUGAAAGGGCAAAAGAUUGAGUGAAAGAGAGAGAGAGAGAGAGAGAGAGAGAGAGAGAGAGAGAGAGAGAAUGAGAGAGAGAGAGAAAGAAUAAUAGAACGAAAGAGCGAAUGAUAAUGCACGAUAGAUAAUGCGCAAGCGUUAAAAAAAGAGAGAGAGAGAGAGAGAGAAAGAAAGAGAGAGAGAGAAUAGAACGAGUAGCGUGAUUUCUUAAAGCUCGCAUAUUAUAAUGUAAAUAAUUGUACAAAGAGACUCGAGAUACGAACAAAAAUUGAAAAACGCAUAUACAUCUUGUAUAUUAUACUUAAUUAAACACACUUAACUUUCUCAUAGUAUACCAAGUAUAUCCAACGCAAGAAUUUAAACGAUUACGCGAGUAAACGUCGGUGAGGAAAGGCUUAACGUCGUAUUUUUCGUUCGAACUAAACGAAUAUAAAGAAGGAAUUAUCUUAAAUUUCGAAAUCUAAUGCCGUUUGGUAAUCCCGAAAAUUCGACGUUUGGCUUUUAAUUUAAAAAAUGAAAAAAUGAAAAAAAGAAAAAAAAAGAACAAGAUGCGCGUGUGCGAGAAGAUAAAGAGAGAGAGAGAGAGAGAGAGAGGGAGAAAUAGAUCGAUACGAGAAUCGCUGUAAAGUAAUCAAUUGCCUAUGAGGAAAGCGAAGCAAGAAAUUUGUUUUGUUGUGUCUGUGAGAGAACGAAAGUAAGAAAGAGAGAAAAAGAGAGAAAGAGAUAGUAUGCUUGCGUUAUGAGUCCAGUGACCAGUCUUCGUAAGAAGAGAGAAAGACAGACAAAAAAUUAUCCUCGAUAUUACGAAUCAAACUAGUAUUUACCAGAUUAAAUUUUAAUCUUCGAUUAAAUUCUAGUCCGCAAAUUAAAAAAGAGAGACCGAAAAAGAGAGAGAGAGAGAGAGAGAGAGAGAGAGACAGAGAGAGUGUGUGUGUGUGUGUGAGAGAGAGAGAGUGAGAAAGAGAAUAUGUGAGAAAGAAAGAGUGAAAGAGAGAAAGAUAAGAAUAAGAAAGUGUCAAAUGAUCGAGAAUGAAAAAAAGAGAGAAAGAGUAUGGAGUUUGCUCUUUAAGACGAAGAUAGAUAGAUAGAUAGAUAGAUAGCUAAAGAGAAAACACAAGUGAGAAAGAGAAAGAGAGAUAGAAGAGAUACAGGGAGAUGAUCGAAAAGAGAAGGGAAGAGAACGCUUGGAGUGAAAGAGGAAAUAUGAUUGUGGAAAUGGGAGACCGGUGAUCGCUAUAUAGUUUUCAUUGUUUUUUAUUCAUAUUUUCUUCUUUCUUUUUAUAUUUUUUUUUUUUUACUUGCUCUCUUUGCGAUGAAUUAUUAAUAAUUAAGAGAAAUUUAAUAAGUAAAACGACACUAAGCACGGUUUUCGUAAACGAUAAAUUUUUUAGUAAAACUCGUCCAACCGUGCUCGAUCGUGCCUCGAUCAAUGAAUAUUAAUUUAGUAGUUUAAUAUAUACAAAAAAAAAAGAAAAAUAAUUAUAAAUUUUAUAUAUAUAUAUAUAUAUAUAUAUAUAUAUAUAUAUAUAUAAAUUGUGAAAACUUGCGAUCUUCGUAGUUCGUCGACGAAUGCAAAUGAAACAGAAAAGAAAAAAAACGUACAUAUGCAUACGCGAUCUCAACUGUCCAAAUACCAAAAGUAUAAUUAUUUCAAAGCGAUCAUAUUGUAGUCCUUUAAAAACGCCUUCUUCUUUCGAUAUCUCGAUCGUUCGAUUGAUCUCAUCCGUAGGAUAUCGAUCGCAACUCUCUUCGAAAUUUCUUCUCUUUUCAUUCGAAAUAAUUUCUCGAGAUACAAUUUACUAUGGAAAUUCUUCUCAUCUACUUUUUUUUUCCUUCUUUCUUUCUUUCUAUCUUUCUAUUCUUUUUCUUUUUCUUUUUCCUUUUCUUUCGACUUUUUUCUCAUUGCCGAUCGAGCUAUACUGAUAUAAUAUGAACGAGAGAAAGAAAAAGGAAAUAAGGAGAAAGAGAAAAAAAAGGGAGAGAGAAAAAGAGAGAGAGAGAGAAGAAAAAGGAGAUCGAAAUAAAAAUCUUAAUUAGGUCCUUGUAGAUACUGUAAUAGAAUUUAUGAUAGAUAAUCGAUAGCUUUAAAUAUUAUUUAAAACCGGUAAACGACUUUUUAAUCUCGAGAGUGCGGUCGAUGAUUUCGAGAAAGAAAGAAAGAAAUAGAGAGGAAUAAUAAGAGAUAUAGAAAAGAGAAAAAAAAGAAAAGAAAAGAAAAAGAAAGGAAAAGGAAAAGGAAAGGAAAAAGGAAAAGGAAAAGAAAAGGGAUAGAGAUUGAGAAGACAAGAGAAAUGAGAAAGAUAAAAGAAAUACAAGAUGGUGGUUAAAUGUAUAAUAUAAAAUGGCGCGUGAGCUUCGUGAUGCGUUUAAUAUGCGGAAUAAUACGCGAAUGGUUAAAAUAAUAGCGUUUUAUCGAAAAGGAGCGUGGAAGACGCGACGAGGAGAAGGAAAAAUCAUAUCGUAAACCUAAUAAUGAAUAUUUUACAAAAAAAGGUAAACUGUAGAUAGAUAUUCGAAGAAGUUAUUCGAGAAUCCCCCGAUAUCCUCUCCUUAAAUUUCCCAUCCGUUCUCUUAAGAAAAAAAGAGAGAGAGAGAAAGAGAGAAAGAGAGAGAGAGAGAGAGAGAGAGAGAGAGAGAGAGAGAGAGAGAGAGAGAGAGAAAAAAAGAAACCCACCAGCACCCUCCCUCCCUGUUAAACGAAGAGGAGAGCGCGCAUAUGCGGGGCGUAUACAAAAUGUAUAUAUAUGCGCGGGCACACGAUCAAAAGAACGAAGAAAAAAGGACACGACGAAGAAGGACACACUGUCAUCCAGUAGUGAAAAUAAUGUAUUAAAAAGAGACAUACAUACAUACAUACAUACAUACAUACAUACGCAUAAACACACAUGCAGAGAUACGGGCGUAUACGGCACACAUCCAUUACACUUAAAAUACACAUACCAAGUACGCAACGUACUCCGAAAUGAAUACAUAACUCGAAUACACAUACAUCUAUACAUGUAAACACGUUAAACAUGAAUGAAACGACACACACGAGGGUUUACCUAAACAAAAACAAAUACAACAACAAAAUAAUAGUCUAUUGAUUUGUAUUUCAUUUUGAACUUGUAUUAUAGCUUAAAAGAUUAUCCUGUACAUUGCAUAAACAACACGAGCACUAUUGUUUUAAAUUGUACGUUUAUGAUUAUUAUACGAAGAUAAAAAAGAAAAAUAAAUAAGGUAUACAAAAUAUUGAAGA